AUGACCAUCAUCAAGAAUGAAGCCGGGCAAGGCUCAAACGAUGAUGCCGGAAUCACCGCACAAGAAAACACUACUCCUCGCAUACCUUCAACCCGCCAAGCCAAGAACCAACAGGGCGAGUCAGAGUGCGUCCAGUGCAAAAAGGCCGGUAAUGAGUGCGUUAUCAAGAAUGACGAUGAGCGGCGGCGACCAAUAUCAAAGGCGUACAUGUCGUCUUUGUCCGAUCGCAUUGCGAUGCUCGAGGGCAUGCUGCAGGAGAAGGGUGUUCAACCUCCACCAGCCGUGCAUCCCCCGAAGACGAGACGCGAGAACCAGCAGUUAUCGGAAGAGCCAAGAGAGCAAAGAAGGUUUCCAGUCAAGAGACCAACUGCCCCCGAGGUCCCCUCGCCUCCGGAUUCUGGAAACGAUGACUACUCGGUACAAGGUAGCGACCACGCAGAGAACACGUCUACCACGAGCCCCUGCUUCCAUGUUCCUGCAGAAGAACAAUCCGCAUUCCGUAUACUGGAUUCAACACAAGAGAACGUUGUUCACAGGCUUCUAUCGACGAGAGGGAAUCUUUCAUUUGACCAGCCAUCUGGACGGCUCCGCUUCUUCGGCCCGACAGCAAAUUCUCAUGUUUACUACGCCGACACUAGUGACAGCUCGCGGUCUCGUGAACCAUCAGAGCAGAUACGGCGUGCUGAACGCAUCAUUCGGACACUGACAGCGACGACUCACGACUACCUCAUGAACAAUUUCUGGACGCACUACAAUAGUGUGCUUAAAAUCAUUCACAGAGAAUCGUUCGAAUCCGAUCGAGAGUCGCAAAGCCCAAAGUUCUACUCGUCGUUCCUGCACAUCGCAAUCUUGGCUAUGGGCUUCCGAUUUGCUGAUUGCAGUCGUGACGACAUGAAAAGAAUGGCUUUGGGGAACCGGGAGAGCACUUUGCACAGGGAGGCCAAGUACAUGCUCGAUGUCGAACUCGAGAGACCUGGUGGAAUACCCAGCGUACAGGCCCUCCUUCUUCUCGGCGACCUGGAAUGCGGCGUUGGCAGAGAUAAUACUGGGUGGAUGUAUGCUGGGAUGGCGAAUAGAUUAGCUUUUGACAUCGGGCUCCAGUUGGACUGCCGUAACAGUGGUUUUGACGAACAGGAGGUCGACAUCCGCCAUAUGGUGAUGAGAGCCUGCGUGAUAUACGACAAAUAUUGGUCCCUAUUCCUCGGUCGGCCCACGAGCAUCAAAAGCCAAGAUGUCGGCAUGGAUCUGCUAUCGCGGCGCUUCUCACAGCUCACGUCGCUCAUGGGAACGCCUGGGCCCACUAACAAGGAGAAUCAAACUGUGGAAAUCUACGAUCAGCUCGUUGAGUUGAUGGAGCUUGCGGGUCGUAUCGUGGAAGCUAGAGACAGCCGGCAAGCACCAGCGAGUCUUCAUAAGAGAGACGGAGCGGAUAGCGAAGAAGAUGCGUAUGUUCAGAGCACCAACCUCGAUCGCCAAUUGCAGAAUUGGUAUAGGCGGUUGCCGGAACAUUUACAGUGGAAGCCUGCCAACAUCAAGCAUGCACCGUUCAGCUACUUCCUUCUUCACCAGCAAUAUCACGUGUCGAUGAUAUUGCUGCACCGUUCGUGGGCGAAUUACGAAGAAGUUUCUGGCGAUACUAUUAGCACUGACGCAAACCUUACGCCGAAUUCGAACCCUGACUCCAAAGACGCAUCCGACCACCAUCAAUUCAAUCACUCCCUAGGGACGAACAUGUCACAAUCAACCACAGACACAGGCCGAGUUGCAUCAUCGCGCAGUAUCUGUAGUUUCCAUGCGAUUAGAGUGGCUAGAAUCUUCUGGCAACACCGACAACGUUUUGACGGUACCAAGAUAUUCAUCACCGGCAUUCAGCACGCCGGUACUGCAGCAAUUGCUCUGAUUGCGGCACUGGCAUAUCACCGUUGCGAGUCUGAUAGGCGAACGUACCUCGGAUACCUAGAGAUUCUGGCCAGCGCUAUCAGCGACAUGAGUCAAGCCUACCAGCCAGCAGCACGCAUGGACAACCUACUGAAGGCGGUGCUUGGGAAACUCCGGACCGACAACGACAGUCUCGACGGUGCCAGCCAGCCGCCUAUCAUAUUGACGGGCAGCGAAAAGAGUCUCCUUUCAAGUCCUGGCUGGAGAGGCAACACGGACAGUGUCUACUCCUUUCUACCAGCUAGACGUGAGGCGGAAGUCAGGGACAGCCCACCGAAUAAAAGACGUCGCCCAUCGACGAGCAGUCGAAGAGCGUCCGAGUUCGCUCGCCCGCCCUUACCUUUCUUCGGCGCCAAGACGCAGUCGUCGACGCGCAGGUCGUCGCAGAGCAACGUGUACGCAAACAUCAGUUCUGCCCUAGAGCCCGCGACGUAUCAUCCAGGCGGAAACGAUCAUCAGCUAUUCAAUCUAGACUUUCUCAACGGUUCGGCGAUAGAUAAUGAUAGAGAAGGCGACGCUUCGGAUGCCAAGAGCAAACCUGUGGAGGAUUGCAUAUUUGUUUCGCCACUGUCCAACAGCUGGGCACAGGACAUUACGACCAACGGUAACGCAUCGCCGUCUCAAAAGGCGAAUCUGCGGUAUGGCGAUUUAGAACUGGACGAUUGGGAGUCUGGAGCAUCCGGGAUCGGUCUUGAGUCACCAUCUAGCUUUCAGCUCAGUGGUGGAGGGGAAAGUAGCCGGGAAAGCCAGCAAAAGGUCCACAAAGAGGAACCCACUCAGAGCAGUUUCAAGAGUGAGGCCAAGGGCACAGUCAUGGAUCAAGGAGGUUUCGGGCCCUUUGGUCAUGACGCCAUGGACUGGAUGGGUACCGAUGGUGGUCUGGACACCAUGACCUCUGUGAGUCUGAUUGAGCUGGUGCAGAGUUCCAUUGCUGGUAAGGCAGAGAGGCGUCCGGCGGACGAAGCGCCUAGAAACCACGAACUGGACUUUUUGAGCUUCUGA